AUACGCCGGAAGCUCACCCGUCUCUCCUCACCAGCGACCCAUUGUCUGUUUCGCAUAAAACUGCAUGUAGAUUCUCUUCUGCACGCUUCCAAUGACCGUCUGUCGUCCUUCUCUGCCUGUCCCCGUGCUUCCCUGACCGUCUGCUCGUCCGCAGUCGUUUCCCGUUACCGCCGGACGGUACCACGGUUGGGUCUUCCGCCGUCCCAAACCCACCGACGCACCUACAAUACAUCCCAGCAUCGAUCCUGCGCCGGAUCGCCGCUGACUACAGCCCUGGGCUUUCCUCUCUUCUCGAACUCGUGUUCUCAGCGCGUCGAAGUUUCGUUCCCCCCGUCUCUUCACUCGCCGUCCUCUCCCACAUCCGCCGUUUCGUGUCAUGAACCUGUCGCACCGUCGCAGCGCUUCGACUGCGACGGAGAACGUCAACACGUCAGAUCUGCUGCCCCAUCGCCUUCGCAACACCGGUGCAACAGGCACGCCCAGAGGGGAUGCGCCUUCCUCCUCGCCGAACUCCCUAUCUCCACACCAGCACCGGCCACGGCGGAGAGACGGUGACGAACAGCACUCCAACUCCGGAUCCGACAUGACGAGCUCGGACGACUUGGAGCUGGACGAUUUUCUGAGCGACGACGAGGCAGGCCGGCUGGAAGACGACGAGGAGACAGGGCUGACCAGUGGAGACCGGCGUAAGCGGCGGAAGCGGAAGCGAAGGAACACGCUCCUGGAUCAGAGGGUGGUACCUGAUGGCGUAGGCGGACCGUCGAGCGUGAGGCGCGAGGAAGAGGAACGCUUGGCCAACGCGACGUUCUGGUGGAAGGUCAUAGUGAACACGAGCCUGAUCGCUCUGUGGUACUUCUUCUCCAUAUCUAUUACUCUGUACAACAAGUGGAUGUUCAAAUCAGAGGACAAGGAACCGGACAUCGUCUUCCCCUUUCCCCUCUUCACCACCUGCGUCCACAUGAUCGUCCAAUUCACACUCGCCUCGCUGGUCCUAUACUUCUUUCCGCGUUUCCGGCCACGGCACGACUCGAUCAACCCGCACGCGCCGCUGCACGCCCAGCGAAUGCGUCCGAUCUCCCCUCCAGACCACUCAAAGCCAAUCAUGACGCGCUGGUUCUAUCUCACGCGUAUAGGGCCUUGCGGCGCCGCAACGGGCUUGGACAUUGGCCUCGGCAACAUGUCGUUGAAGUUCAUCUCGAUGACAUUCUAUACAAUGUGUAAAUCCUCUGUCCUCGGCUUCGUUCUGCUCUUCGCUUUCCUCUUCCGCCUCGAAAAACCUUCGGUCAAGCUUUUCCUUACAAUCGCCACAAUGACCGCAGGCGUGCUGCUCAUGGUCGCAGGCGAGACCGCAUUCGACCCGCUUGGCUUCUUACUGGUCAUGACGGCGGCCGCUUCAUCGGGGUUUCGCUGGUCGCUCACACAGAUUCUGCUCAUCCGCAAUCCGGCAACAAGCAACCCCUUCGCCACACUGUUUUUUCUUGCCCCCGUCAUGUUCGUCACCUUGCUCGUGCUGGCAAUCCCUGUCGAAGGCUUCUUGGCCCUGAGCGAGGCGUUGCACACACUUGCCGAAACCAAGGGAUACUGGAUGUCGCUGGGCAUCCUGCUGUUCCCCGGCACGCUUGCCUUCAUGAUGACGGCUUCGGAGUUUGCGUUGCUGCAGCGUACAUCGGUCGUCACACUGAGCAUCUGCGGCAUCUUCAAAGAAGUGCUGACGAUUACGGCGGGCACGCUCGUCUUCAAGGAUAGACUAACGCCGAUCAACUUUGCUGGCCUUGCAGUCACCAUCGUCACUAUAGCAGUGUACAACUGGAUGAAGAUUCGCAAGAUGCGCGAAGAGAGCGAGAGGGCCGCUCAUCUAGCGCUCGUGGGCGGCGAGGAUGGUGCCGGAAGCUAUGCACCCGUUCGGGUUAUAGACGAGUACGAUGAAGGUUCUGAACGCUUCACCGAGCAGAGAAGGAACCACGGUCGUGGAAGAAGCGGCGGAAGCGACACUCUUCGGCCUGGGGCGGGCAGCCUGGGUGACGUGAUUAGGAACUCGCUCAGUCUGGGCCGCGGCUCCAACGAGGCGAGUCCCACCACCAAGAGCCCAGUCAAGAAACCGGAGAACCUUGAGUAAAGAAAAAAGAAAACGAGAGGGAUAGGAGAGGAGUUUUAAAAAAAUCAAGCAUGGGCAUGCUUCCUGGGCAUUUUAGGCGGCGCACACGUAUGACCACAAAAUGGAUCCCACAAGCCCGCCGCAGCGUCGACUUCCUUCAUCUGGAUGAUGAAAAACUCUUGCGGAUACGCGGACAGGGCGAACUCUAGGGAUCGGAUCGCGGGCUUUUCGCCGCUCUCUGGCAUAGCUGACGGACACCAUUUUUUAUUUUGUUAAAACCCCAAUUUUGGGUCUUGUUUCAGAAACUGGAUAGAGGUUCUGCAACGCUUCCGUCUACUGCGAGAGAUACCAGCAUACAAUAUGUCUACACAUAUAGGCGCACUGGGGGGAGGAGCUCAUGUCUUUUUUUUUUCGGGUUUUUCUUGGUUUGUACACACAAUAGAUCUCCCUUCACAAUGGGGCCACGAUCAUAGGACAACAAAGAUGCCAUCACCAUGUACCGUUGUGCCACCUUGCCGUCAUCCGCGUACUCGUGUGCGCUAUUCACGUCGUCCACCACCUUCUUCCC